AUGGCUUGUCGAUGGGCUGCUUUGGUGGCCUCUGCCGGCCUGGAGUUCCACUUCGACUUCAGUUUGCUUGAUAAUCUGUUUAUAAUCUGCGUCUCCUCUCUGAUGCCUAUUGCCACCACUCCCUUGAUGAGGUCUGAAACCGCUGUCAUUAAAGUAUUAGCUCACUCUGCUGGAAGGCUGUGGCCCAAGUGCGCUGACGGCAUCCGGAGGCGUACCCACCCAUGGAGGAACACCUCAAGUAAAGGCGAGGGCAGCCACGGGCGGCCGUGGGAGCUGGCACUGUGGGCCUCGGUCCCUCUGUUGCCGCCCGCGCCUUCGGGGCGGGCCCCCUCCACCUCUGGAGACUGGGCCAUCUUUUUCCUUCGGCACCCGGGAACGUUGACAUCUCCGAGUUGGCGUAGGCCACUGCCUGCGGCUGGGGAAACUGAGGCUGGGAACACGACACGAUGUUCCAGGGGCCCAGAGGCUCCAGACCCCUCUGACCUCUCCAAGUGGCAAAAACUGUGCUCUGUCGAGAAGUCAGUCGCCCUGUCCCCUGCUUUGGGAAUGGCUCUCGUCCUGGGCAAGCGGUCUGGGCCAGGGUCUUCAGGGAGCCCUAAGCUAGCUCAGGGCCUGGCCCGCCGCAGGCCCGGAAACGCCCCUGAGCACCUUCGGGCCCAGGUGCUGGCCUCCACUGUGGUCCACCCACGGGCGCCGUCGGGUUAUCUGCCGCCGGCUCCUCAAGGGCAGAACCGCUCCGAGUGGCCCCGGGGGGGAAGCAGGGGGGAAGGAUGGGAGCGGCCGGGCCCACCUGGGCCCAACGGGACCGCCAGCCUCCGCCAGAUCCACUUCCUGGAUGUGGAGCGGGUCGAGUGGGCCAACAAGAUCCUGUCCCAGAUCUGGCCCUACCUCAGCAUGGUCAUGGAGAGCAAGUUCCGGGAGAAGCUGGAGCCCCGGAUCCGGGAGAAGAGCGCCCGCCUGCGGACAUUCACCUUCACCCGGCUCUACUUCGGGCAGAAGUGCCCCAGGAUCAACGGUGUCAAGGCGCACACCAACAAGAGCAACCGCAGACAAGUGACCCUAGACCUGCAGAUCUGCUACAUCGGGGACUGUGAGAUCAGCGUGGAGCUGCAGAAGAUACAGGCUGGUGUGAACGGAAUCCAGGUGGGUGGGCCCGGGGCGCCUGCCUGUGCGCCCGUCCCUGGGGGCGGGAUCAGGGUCGGGCCGCCAGCCCUGGAGCAGCCCCGAAAGGCACACCUGCAGAUCAACUGGACAGGCCUGACCAACCUGCUGGAUGCACCGGGAAUCAACGAGGUGACGGACAGCCUGCUGGAGGACCUCAUCGCCGCCCACCUGGUGCUGCCGAACCGCGUGACCGUGCCCGUGAAGAAGGGGCUGGACGUGACCACCCUGCGCUUCCCCCUGCCCUGCGGAGUGAUCAGAGUCCACCUGCUGGAGGCGGAGAGCCUGGCCCCAAUGGACGGCUUCCUGGGGCUCCGCGGCAAGUCCGACCCCUACGCCAAGGUGAGCAUCGGCCUGCAGCACUUCCGGAGCGGGACCGUCUACCGGAACCUGAACCCCACCUGGAACGAGGUGUUUGAGUUCCUGGUGUAUGAAGUCCCCGGGCAGGACCUGGAGGUGGACCUCUACGACGAGGACCCCGACAGGGACGACUUUCUGGGCAGCCUGCAGAUCUGCCUCGGGGAUGUCAAGACCAACAGGGUGGUGGAUGAGUGGUUUGUCCUGAACAACACGACCAGCGGGCGGCUGCACCUGCGGCUGGAGUGGCUGUCGCUGCUCACUGACCAGGAAGCGCUGACGGAGGACCACGGCGGCCUCUCCACUGCCGUCCUCGUGGUCUUCCUGGAGAGUGCCUGCAACCUGCCGAGAAACCCUUUUGACUACCUGAACGGCGAGUACCGAGCCAAAAAGCUCUCCAGGUGUGCCAGGAACAAGGCCAGCAGGGACCCUUCUUCCUACGUCAAGCUGUCGGUGGGCAAGAAGACGCUCACGAGCAAGACCUGUCCCCACAGCAAGGACCCCGUGUGGAGCCAGGCCUUCUCUUUCUUUGUGCGCAACGCGGCCGCCGAGCAGCUGCAUCUGGAGGUGCUUGAUGAUGACCAGGAUUGCGCCCUGGGUGUGCUGGAGCUCCCCCUGUGCCAGAUACUCCCCUAUGCCGACCUGACGCUCGAGCAGCACUUUCAGCUGGACCACUCAGGCCUGGACAGCCUCAUCUCCCUGAGGCUGGUACUCCGGUUCCUGCGUGUGGAGGAGCGAGAGCUGGGGAGCCCGUACACAGGCCCCGACGCCCUCAAGAAAGGCCCCCUGCUCGUCAAGAAGGCGGCCACCGGCCAGGGUCCAGAAGCCCCAGCCCAGGAGGAAGGCCCGGGAGACUUGCCACGCCCCCCCGACCCUGCCUCUGACCCCAAGGACACCUCCAGGGAGACCACCGCAACCACCGCUGCCGCCCAGCCCGCUCCCCAAGAGACAGGCCCAGAGCCCAAAGGCAAGGACAGUGCCAGAGGGCUCCGCGAGCCCGUGGGGGAGAAGAGGAGAGCAGCCGGCGUCUUCCUGACUGUCCCAGGCCCCCACUCUCCAGGGCCCGUCAAGUCACCCCGACCCCUGACACGCCCCGCCUCCCCGUUCGCAUGGCCGCCUGCGAGGCCGGCUCCCAGCAUGUCCUCGCUCAACUCCCUGGCCUCUUCCUGCUUUGACCUCACAGCGGUCAGCCUCAACACCGAAGGCGGGGAGCCCCGGCAGCGGCGGCUGGGCGAGAUUCAGCUCACGGUGCGCUACGUGUGUCUGCGGCGCUGCCUCCGCGUGCUUGUCAACGGCUGCAGAAACCUGACGCCGUGUACCAGCAGCGGCGCGGACCCCUACGUCCGCGUCUACUUGUUGCCGGAGAGGAGGUGGGCAGGUCGGAGGAGGACGUCGGUGAGGCGGAAGACCCUGGAGCCCCUGUUCGAUGAGACAUUUGAGUUUUUUGUUCCCAUGGAGGAAGCGAAGGAGAGGUCACUAGAUGUGGCGGUGAAAAACAGCAGGCCGCUUGGCUCCCACAGAAGGAAGGAGCUGGGCAAAGUACUGAUCGACUUAUCCAAAGAAGAUCUGAUCAGGGGCUUUUCGCAGUGGUACGAGCUGACGCCAGACGGCCAGCCCAGAGGCUGAGGAUGAGAGUCACGGUCACCUGGGUGGUAAAAUGUGUAUAUACGUGUUUUU